CGUGGGAGCGCGGAUUGUUGGCGACAGGGCGCGGAUGCCUUACGAAGAGUGGGGAAGGCAAGGGAAGGAGUGAAACCUGGGGAGGGGGAGGGCGGGGUAUAUAAGGAGUGCGAGAGAUGAUGUUCUGACAUUCUACCCUGUCCUCUCUGCAUUAGCUGCACAUAUAAAGUCAAGCCCACCCAAACCAGAGCAAUGUCGCAACCUACCGUCUACCUUGUCUCCGGCGCGAACCGUGGCAUAGGCCUUGCCCUCGUCGCCACCCUCGCCGCGCGCCCGGACACCGUCGUCUUCGCCGGCGCGCGCAAUCCCAGUGGGGCCACCGAGCUCGCCAAGCUUGCGAGCGCGCACCUGGGCAAGGUGCACGUCGUCGCGCUAGCGUCCGCGGACAAGGCAACGAACGCCGCCGCUGCGGAAACGAUCCGCAAGACGACGGGCAAGCUGGACGUCGUGAUUGCGAACGCGGCGAUUGCGGACGAGAACGAGGACGCGUUGACGAUUGAGAAGGAGACGAUGACGAGCCAUUUUGACGUGAAUGUGAAUGGCCCGCUGGUGCUGUUCCAGGCGACGUACCCGCUGUUAAAGGAGAGCAAGGCGCCCAAGUUCGUGACCGUGUCGUCGCCGGUGGGCAGCAUCACCGUCGGCUCCCAAUGGCCUGGCCGCUCGUACGCGUACGGCUCGUCCAAGGCGGCGCUCAACUGGGUCACCCGCAAGAUCCACCACGACUUUGAGAACCUCGUGGCCUUCCCGAUCUCGCCAGGCUUCGUCGAGACCGACAUGUCCAAUGCUUCCGUCGAGAAGGACCCGUGGUUGAAGACCCUCCCGAGAAUACAGCCCCAGGAAAGCGUAGAUGGUAUGCUGAAGGAAAUUGACCAGGCUACGCGGGAGACGCACGGAGGGGAAUUCGUCGAUUACACGGGGCUUGGCAAGUGGGGAUGGUAAUCGGGCAAAGGAGUAGUGGAAGCACCAUGUAUCAUUAUGCAAUCUACCUAUGUAGACGAACAAGCUAGACAUCGAAAACCAUCAGCAUCGCAGCAAACGAAACUGAUUCGCGUACGAAGGG